CUCCUCUGCGGACAACCUCCAAGAGGCCGACCCGGCAGACUGACCACCAUAUUGGAUAACGCCUAGAUAGGAAGAAUUCGUGACGUUACCAUCUAUUCCUAGAUGGUCUUUUGUCAGGCCUGCUAAAUCGUGAAGCUUAGGACUCCUGAAGCGCGCCAUGGCAGCGCAGUUAGCGCGGCUGGCCAGCCGGAAGCGGGUGACCUUAGAGGAGAAGGAGCAGCACCAGUGGGUGGUCGACGAGGCGACGCUUUCGUCCGUCAUCGCCAACGGCGAAGAUGUCGGACCGAUUAUUCGACCGGCUUUUGAAAUGGGAAAGCCUGAAGCGCUUCUUCACCAGCUUCGCACGUUCGUGAAGAAGAAGGAGGUGGAGAUUGAGGAGCUCUGCAAGCAGCACUACGAGGAGUUCAUCCACGCUGUCGAUGAACUCAGAUACGUGCUGGUGGAUGCCGACGAGCUGAAGCAUGGGCUGGCGAUGCAGAACACGGAGAUGCAGGAGGUGGGCAGCGGGCUACUGCACAAGCUGGACGAGCUCAUUCAGCACAACGCCAUCAAGACCAACCUCGCCUCCGCCCUGCAGCUCCUAAAGAAAUGCAAAACCGUUGUGGACCUCUGUGCUAAGGUGAAUGAGGCAAUAGCAGCGGACAGCUACUAUCAGGCCUUGAAGACGCUGGACGCCAUUGAGCGUGACCAUCUACGCACCAUCCCCUCCUCUGCGCUGCACGUGUGGGUGGAGAGGGGCAUUCCGCGGUGCAGAGCUCACAUUGAGCGCAAGGUGAACCAGGAGUUCAACGAGUGGCUGGUGCAGAUUCGGGAGACGAGUCAGGAGAUCGGGCGGCAGGCCAUAGGGCAGGCGUUCAGCGCGAGGCAGAGGGAGGUGGAGCUGGGAGACAGGCAGCGGCAGGCAGAGGAACAGCCCUCUCUCGCAGUUGUUCAACGACUACUGCUCCCACGUGGCCGGUUUCUUCAUUGUGGGGGACAGAAUCAUGCGCACUGCUGGGGAAGUCAUCAAGCCAGCGCAGGUGCGCUGAGAAGUGACACGAGGGGUUUCAUGACACCUGCAUUGAUCAAGUACCACAUUUGGAAAGGAAAGGACAGGAGGGUGGAGAUGCUGGGGGAGUGUAAUUCUAUGCUCACAGCUCUGGGUGUAAUCCAGCCUGCAUAGGUCUACCCAAGGAAGGUCUUGGGUUGCAAAAAGGGGA